AAUGCCUUCUGCUCCAAAGCAUAGGAGAGUUGAAUGAAAAGUAAUGCCUCCACCUUCGUUACUUGGGUUUGGAUGGAAAUAUCUUAAUAAAUCAAAUGCAGAAAUAAUCCUUAGAAUGUGCUCUUUAACUACCACUAUUCACUUCUCCACAUCAUCACCAGACAAUUGGAUAUAUUUCUGCUAACGAUGAACACGUUUCCUGAAGUCGUCACGGAAGAAGUCGACACUCUGUUUCCGCGACCAGCGUCUCACAGGACCCAUCGUGCACAGAUCUUCUGAUAGCCAAGUAAAGCAAUAAUGUAAACCACACGUUCUUGUGAAACGCUGAUUAUGCUUGAAAUUUCUCUCUGAGUGAUACAACAAUCAUCCUGAAUCAGUCUGUCAACCUUUUGCUUGUGAGACUCGGUGGUUGCUGUCACAGGACGUCCAACUCUUUGUUUGUCACGCAAGUCAGAUGUUCCCACCUCAAUAUCUUUAAACUUACUUGCCCAACGAUGCACAGGACUCACAUCAACACAAUAGCCACAAACAACUUGCAUUCUCUGAUGGAUCUCCUUUGGGGUGACACCUGCUGCUGCCAAGAAAUCAAUGAUUGCACGUUGCUUAACUUGCAUUGACCGACCGUCUGCGCAGGGUUCCAUACUUCUCACUUUAACAACACAACCGUUCAAUGCUAAGGCUUCCCGCCAAAUGGAAGUGUAGAGGAGAGUCUACUGAACAAGCCAGGACCUGCCUAAGACCAGUACUGCCAUCUGUUGAAGAGUUACGAAGGUGGAGGCAUUACUUUUCAUUCAACCCUCAUAUAUGUUGGAAAUAGCAACCUCCCAAGCCACUCAUUCACUCACUAUUUGUUUGUUAAUGUGUAUAUUUGGUAACCUGUAUUCUAUGUCUGUUGAUUUGCCAGUUUGACUCUUUGGUGUGGGAGGAGUUAUAGGCAUGUGAUUAUACUGAGCAUGUGCAGACUCAGUACUCCAUUUUGUAUUAAGUAUCUGUUUGGACUUCAAUGGAGAAGUAUGUGUUUGGACUUCAAUGGGAGCAGAGAUCUUUCAUCAGACCUCAGAGGAGGUGAAUGCAUACAAGAUGCUGCUUGGACUUCAGUUGAGAGAGAGAACGCCGUGCCCUGGACCGUGAAGAUGGACCUCUUGCUCGCCGUGGGCUUGCUCCUGACGUCAUGCGGGCUUGGCCGGUCCCUGGCCGUGAACCCCUUUGCCGUGCAGCAGGCCCCUCCGGACCCUUGCUACGACGAGAAGGGCGCUCCCCGCCGCUGCAUCCCGGAGUUCGUCAACGCGGCCUUUGGGAAGGAGGUCCAGGCGUCCAGCACCUGCGGCCGGCCGCCCACCCGGCACUGCGACGCCUCGGACGGCCGGAAGGCCCACCCGGCCUCCUACCUGACGGACCUCAACACCGCGGCCAAUAUGACCUGCUGGCGCUCGGAGACCUUGCUCCACUCGCCCCAGAACGUCAGCCUCACCCUCUCGCUGGGCAAGAAGUUUGAGGUCAUCUACGUCAGCCUCCAGUUCUGCUCGCCCCGUCCGGAGUCGGCCGCCGUCUUCAAGUCCAUGGAUUACGGCAAAACGUGGGUGCCUUACCAGUACUACUCUUCCCAGUGCCGGAGGAUCUACGGCAAGCCGAGCAAAGCCACGGUCACCAAGCAGAACGAGCAGGAGGCCCUCUGCACCGACGGGCACACGGACCUCUACCCGCUGACCGGAGGCCUCAUUGCCUUCAGCACGCUGGACGGGCGCCCUUCGGCCCAGGAUUUCGACAACAGCCCGGUGCUUCAGGACUGGGUGACCGCCACCGACAUCCGGGUGAUUUUCAGCCGCCCGCAUUUGUUCCGAGAGCUGGAGGACGAGGACGGUGGCGGGGCAGGCUCUUCCUCCUCCUCCUCCUCCUACUACUACUCGGUGGGAGAGUUUCAGGUCGGCGGGCGCUGCAAGUGCAACGGGCACGCCUCCCGCUGCGUCAAGGACAAGGAGGGCAAGCUGGUGUGCGACUGCAAGCACAACACCGAGGGCCCCGAGUGCGACCGCUGCAAGCCUUUCCACUACGACCGCCCGUGGCAGAGGGCCACGGCCAGAGAGGCCAACGAGUGCCUAGCCUGCAACUGCAACCUCCACGCCCGCCGCUGCCGUUUCAACAUGGAGCUCUACAAGCUCUCCGGGCGGAAGAGCGGAGGGGUCUGCCUCAACUGCCGCCACAACACGGCCGGGCGGCACUGCCAUUACUGCAAAGAGGGCUUCUACCGGGACAUGAGCAAAGCCAUCACCGACCGUAAGGCCUGCAAAGCCUGCGACUGCCACCCGGUCGGUGCCGCCGGGAAGACCUGCAACCAGACGACCGGCCAGUGCCCUUGCAAAGACGGCGUGACGGGACUGACCUGCAACCGCUGUGCCAAAGGCUAUCAACAGAGCCGCUCGCCAGUGGCUCCCUGCAUCAAGAUCCCGGCCAUCAACCCAACCUCGGUGGUCGUCAGCACAGAAGAACCAACAGACUGCGACUCCUACUGCAAGCCAGCCAAGGGCAACUACAAAAUCAACAUGAAGAAGUAUUGCAAGAAAGAUUACGUGGUCCAAGUCAACGUCCUAGACAUGGAGACCGUGGCCAGCUGGGCCAAGUUCACCGUCAACAUCCUUUCCGUCUACAAGGUCCGGGAUGAGCGGGUGAAGCGGGGAGACAACUUCUUGUGGAUCCACAUGAAAGACUUGGCGUGCAAGUGCCCCAAGAUCCAGAUCAGCAGGAAGUACUUGGUCAUGGGCAUCAGCGAGAACCCCGCCGACCGACCGGGACUCAUGGCCGACAAGAACAGCCUGGUCAUCCAGUGGCGCGAUGCGUGGACGCGCCGCCUGCGGAAACUGCAGCGGCGGGAGAAGAAGGGCAAGUGCUUGAAGCCGUGAUGGGCCGGGGCCCACGUCCGCCACGCCUGCCCCCCGCCGCUCUUGGCCCAUUGACCGCAGACUUUUCCAAGAGACUCUGUACCGAGACGGGCCGCGUGAGCGGAUGGACUCACCUGUGUAUAGUGUAUAUUUUCAACGGUUCCUUUGUACGCGUGUGUGGGCUGGGAGGAUGUGUGCACGAGAGCGUGGGUCUUUUUCAAAGUGUUGUUUAUUAUUAAGAGUAGCACAAUAACGACAAACCUUUGACAAGGAGCAAAGUGAAGGAGACACCUGCGCGGGCCAGUUAACGGAAGGCGUUGCUUGGAAGACGGCGACCCAGCCUCUCCCUUCCUAAGAUCUAGCCUUGUUCUCUUCUGCUUCUCUGGUUCUGCCAAAUCCCAGAGGCCGAGCCUGGCAACGUGACGCUUUUCAGCAACCGGCUUCCAGGAUUCCAGAGACAGAGCUUGGCUGACUUCUUCUUGGACUUGGAAUCCCAAUGGCAGAGCUUUGAAAAGUUACUUUUGUGAAGUUCACCUCCGAGGGGGUCAUGCUGGCAGGGACAUCCAAGCUCUGUCCAGAGGGUCAUCGACAAAAGGUCGUCACGUAAAGAGAGGAAAAGGUAGUUCAGGUUCCGUGUGCUGUCCAAGGCUUUCAUGGCCGGAAACACAGGGUUGCUGUGAGUUUUCUGUGCUGUAGGGCCACGUUCCAGAAGCAUUCUCUCCUGACGUUUCGCCCAUAUCUAUGGCAGGCAUUUCCAGGCUGUUUGGCCAUGUUCCAGAAGCAUUCUCUCCUGACGUUUCGCCCAUAUCUAUUGUAGGCAUUUCCAGGCUGUUUGGCCAUGUUCCAGAAGCAUUAUUUCCUGACGUUUUGUUCACAUCUAUGGCAGGCAUUUCCAGGCUGUCUGGCCAUGUUCCAGAAGCAUUAUCUCCUGACGUUUCACCCAUAUCUAUGGUAGGCAUUUCCAGGCUGUUUGGCCAUGUUCCAGAGGCAUUAUUUCCUGACAUUUCACCCACAUCUGUGGCAGGCAUUUCUGGGCUGUUUGGCCAUGUUCCAGAAGCAUUCUCUCCUGACGUUUCACCCACAUAUGUAGCAGGCAUUUUCAAGCUGUAUGGCCGUAUUCCAGAAGCAUUCUCUCCUGACCUUUCACCCACAUUUGUAGCAGGCAUUUCUGGGCUGUUUGGCCAUGUUCCAGAAGCAUUCUCUCCUGGCAUUUCUCCCACAUCUAUGGCAGGCAAUUUCAUGGGUUAAAAGAUGUAUUGCCAACAGUGGGCUUGAGUCUGCCUUUCUGGGCCCUUGGCCUCCACGGUUGACGGGUUUCUUCCUCUCUCUCUCUGUCCUUCCGAGUAUGGCGUAUGGGUCUGUGUUUGCCACCGGACGCAGUCGGACUCUAAUCCUUAUACACUUAAUGCCACAAUAAAUCGGUUAGCCUCUAAGGUG